CUUAAACCAAAUGUGAUGCUGCUUUUUGUUGAUCAAGAGGGUCUUGAUGCAGAGCUAUAUUAUGUGAGGAAUGAUCUUAUUAAUCACUAUGCAUUAUCCUUCAAUCUACUAAUACCCAGUGAAACCAACAAUCUGCAUUUCAGUUGGCAUGCUAAAUCCAAGGUUGAAUAUAAACUGGGAUUUCAGGUAGAUAAUGCUAUGGCUAUAGAUAUGCCUCAGGCUAACAUUUCAGUACAAGGAGAAGUCCCUCGUGCAUUAUCAGUGUUUCGUGUUGAACUCUCCUGCAUGGGCAGACUAGACUCUGAGGUUACAAUAUUAAUGCAGCUCAACUUGACAAUAAAUUCCUCAAAAAAUAUCACAGUCUUAAAUUUCAAACGAAGGAAAAUGUGCUACAAAAAACUUGAACAAGAAGUAAAAACUCCGUCAGACAGAAACAGCAGCAAAACUAUUUUUGAUCCUGUAAAUGCUGCUCCCACCACUUCUACCCGUGUAUUUUAUAUCAGUGUAGGAGUUUGCUGUGCUGUUAUAUUCCUGGUAGCAAUAAUACUAGCUGUCUUGCAUCUUCAUAGUAUGAAAAGAAUAGAGUUGGAUGACAGCGUAAGUGACAGCAAUAGUUCACAAGGUUUAUCCCAACCCUCUACACAGACGACACAGUACCUGAGAGCUGACACCCCUAAUAAUGCCACACCAGUAACCAGCUCCUCAGGUUAUCCUACAUUACGGAUAGAGAAGAAUGAUCUUAAAAGUGUCACCUUGAUGGAGGCAAAAGCUAAAGUGAAGGACAUAGCAAUCUCCAGAGAGAGGAUAACUCUUAAAGAUGUACUCCAAGAAGGUACUUUUGGACGCAUUUUUCAUGGAAUUUUAAUAGAGGAAAAAGACCCCAGUAAAGAAAGACAAGUUUUUGUCAAAACAGUCAAAGAUCAAGCCUCAGAAGUGCAAGUGACAAUGAUGCUGACAGAAAGCUGUAAACUCAGAGGUCUUCAUCACAGGAACUUGCUUCCGAUCACACAUGUCUGUAUCGAAGAAGGGGAGAAACCCAUGGUGCUGCUGCCUUACAUGAACUGGGGAAACCUUAAGCUCUUCCUGCGCCAGUGCAAGUUAGUAGAAGCCAACAAUCCUCAGGCAAUAUCCCAGCAGGAUCUUGUACAUAUGGCUAUUCAGAUUGCGUGUGGAAUGAGCUAUUUAGCCAGAAGGGAGGUCAUUCACAAAGACCUGGCUGCUAGAAACUGUGUCAUUGAUGAUGCACUUCAGGUUAAGAUUACAGACAAUGCCCUGUCCCGAGACCUGUUCCCCAUGGAUUACCAUUGUCUGGGAGAUAAUGAGAACAGGCCAGUGCGGUGGAUGGCUCUUGAAAGCUUGGUUAACAAUGAAUUUUCAAGUGCCAGUGACGUGUGGGCAUUUGGAGUAACACUGUGGGAGCUGAUGACUUUGGGGCAGACGCCAUAUGUGGACAUUGACCCCUUUGAGAUGGCUGCAUAUCUAAAGGAUGGUUACAGAAUAGCUCAGCCUAUCAACUGCCCUGAUGAACUGUUUGCUGUGAUGGCCUGUUGCUGGGCCCUCGACCCUGAAGAAAGACCCAAGUUCCAGCAGCUGGUGCAGUGUCUGACUGAAUUCCAUGCAGCACUGGGAGCCUAUGUGUGACGCUUCCAUGUGCUACUUGGGAAGGGGCAGUGUGUACACUCACACCAUGCACCCUUGGACCUACUCUCACACGCCGUGUAUAAAGCAGCGCCAAUGGGAGAGCACUUCUUCCAGAACACUGUGCCUUAGAAUGCUUUUGUAGUCUGACGUUUUUAUAAGAUCUCUUGAUGUUGAAUAUUUUCUAGGUAUCACUUUUGCUAAGUUAAUUUAAGGCCGUUCUAUUUGCCAGCAGGGUUUCUAAAAUGUAGUGCUAGUGUACUUGAACACACGAGUCGGAUGGGCUUCUGCACUGUCACAACAGACACAAGGUUGGGUUUUUAAAGGUUGUGUUAGAGCUGGGAGGAAAAAGGGGAUUUUAUGCAGACAAUAUUGCAGAAUUGUUUCCUGUUUAGAAACUGAAAUUUUCUGACCAGCCCUAGUGUUGGAUCUUGUACGUAUCUGGAUUAGCUUUUUAGUCUCAACUGCUUUUCUUUUAAGACGAUGGCACAAAAAUAUUGGGUCCAUAA